AUGGUAGCUGAUAGCAGUACCUCAACCGUCAACCCACAAUACACUCCCAGUUUCGGUCGUCAAGCUUUUCACCAAUCAACAAACCUGCUCUCGGUACCACAGAUUAAUAGCCAUGGCAAGUUUCAAGUCGUGUUUGACGGGUCCAAGAUGUAUGUGACUCUCAAGAACUCACAGCAAGUGGUGGCGACAGCGGAUCUCGUGGAUGGACUCUACUGGCUUCGGACGACUCAACGAUCAGCGAAUGUGACAACAAGUGGAACCAGUUGUGCCGAUCUACAUGCGAGAAUGGGUCAUGCUACAGUCGACGUGCUUCGCAAGAUGGUCUCCAACAACAUGAUCAAAGAUGUGGAAGUGCCUCUCAAGUCAAGUGGAUCAGGUACAUGUCGAGAAUGUCAGCAAGGGAAAAUGGUCCAAAACCCAUUCCCAAGCAAUCGUGACAAGCGAAGUUACGACACGUUCGAGUUGCUUCAUCUGGACAUCUGCGGGCCCAUGGAAAAGGAUUCGCUCGGUGGCAGCAAAUAUUUGCUGCUGAUCAUCGACGAAGCCAGUGGAUGCAUGAAGGGCUUUUGUCUACGAGUGAAAUCCGAGAGUGAAGACUACAUCCGGAAAUAUAUCACCAUGGUACAGACGCAAUUCUGUAAGAAGGUCAAGUUCGUGCGACACGACGGAGCUCGCGAGUUUGCAACCAACUCGCUUCAGCUGUUCUACGAAGACGAAGGCAUUGAACAGCAGACAACGGUGCCGUAUGCACAUCAAACAAACGGAACAGCAGAGCGUGCCAUUAGGACUAUUGUCACGAUCGGCCGCAGCAUGCUUCAUCAUGCCAAACUGGACAAGUGUUUCUGGGCCGAAGCAGCGAUGACGGCCAUCUACGUCAAGAAUCGACUGCCGUCACCUAAAGUCGUGCACAAGACCCCGUUUGAGAUCGUCUACAACUUGAAACCAAGCGUCAAGCACAUGCGAACAUUCGGAUGUCAGACGUACAUACUGACGCCUAAAGAGAAUCGACUCAAGUGGGAUCCAAAGGCUCGCGCUGGCAUAUUCGUGGGCUACGAAGAAGUUUCGAAGGCAUAUCGUGUUUAUGACAUCGAGGCGGGGCAGGUGGUUAUCAGCCGCGAUGUCAACUUCGACGAGUCCACCUUUGGACUUCAACUGCCGAUCACUGAUGAAGAUGUCGAUGACCUGGACUUCGAAUUGCUGGAUCUUGAUGUGUUGUAA